UCUACGGGCUGCUUCACUUUAUUUUAUACAUUCGUAUGAAUAGUAGAUAAGAGUUGCAAGUGGAAAUUGUAAAACAAAUUCUGGUGAAUAUUGAAUCGAUUUUAUGCGAGCUUAUAGUUUUAUAUGAAUAUACGGUGUUUUUGAAAAGACAAAAUCGAUCAAUCAUGUCCGGCAAGACCGAGGGCAAGACUUUGCUUCACCGAUGGUUUAAAAAGGAAAACGUCACGCUGUUUUUACUGGUCAUCGUCUUGAGCAUUGAGGACUCAACAGCUGUGGAUAAUUUGCGCUUGGUAUUUCGAUGGAAAUUCCUGGAGUACGACUGGCCGGAUGAAAAUACACGAAAUCUUUUUUCUCACUAUAAGCGCGAGUCGAAUAAUCCCCUGGCUAUCGCAGUAGCUGGUAACAGACUUUUCAUUACCGUACCACGUUGGCAACGAGGUGUAGCCGCGAGUCUGAACUAUGUCUACUUGAACGAUACAAGCGAAUCUCCGUUGCUGCAUCCUUAUCCCUCAUGGGAAGCCCACCGGUAUGGACCAUCGGGACUAGUGCCGGAGAUAAUCUCUCCGUUUCGGGUUUGGGCGGAUCGAUGCGAUCGUCUUUGGGUUAUAGAUGUAGGCAGGGAGGACAUUUAUGCCGAUUGGGAACUGCAGUCGCCGUCAACUCUGAUCGUCUAUGAUUUAAAAUCCGAUCAGCUAAUUCGCAGGUUUACGAUACCGCAUAAAUUUGAUCCCGAUUGGGCAGAAUUCGGGAAUGUCGUCGUCGAAGACGCAAACUGCAAUGACAGCUACGCUUAUCUCGCUGAUCCUGGAACUCCGAAACUGUUAGUUUAUUCAUGGAGUCUCAACGCUUCUUGGGCCAUCCACCAUCACUACUUUUAUCCCGAACCACAGAGUGGUGACUUCGUCUACGACGACACGUACUUUCAAUGGUGGGACGGUGUCACGGGGAUGGCCCUGGCCCCCGAAAAAGAUGGUUUCAGUACUCUUUAUUUUCAUCCUCUUUGUUCUACGACGCAAUUUUCCGUCAACACACGGCUUCUUCGUGAUCCCAAGCGCGCAAAUCUACCGGAAAAUUUUUACGAAUUCAAAGUUCUUGGAUCCAGAGGACGCAAUGGCCAAUCGACCUCCAGCUAUCUAGAUCAAACUACUGGAAUACUUUUUCAAGUUCAAACAUUUAAAAAUUUAGUUUCCUGUUGGAAACCCGGAACUGAGUAUAAUCAGACGAACUUUGGCAUCGUUCACGCUGAUAAUGUGACGUUGAAUUUUCCUACGCACAUCACGAUUGACCGUGGCAACAUCUGGGUAAUUUCAAACCGAUUACCGAAAUUUUUAUUUGCCGAAUUAAACUUGGAAGAAUAUAAUUUUCACGUUAUCACCGGGUCCGUGCGGGAAGCUAUAAAAGAAACCGGUUGCUCCACGGAGAGUUAGAUUGUGCGGGUGCUUGGUUAAAAUCCACCUCGGAAACCACUGAAAUGUGAGCGAGAAACAUUUCGACGAAAUCUUCGGCGAAAAUACCGAAAACUAUAGUCUUUGCAUAUUUCUAGAGCGAAUUCGACGAAAAUCAGGGUGAAAAAACACCAAAGGCACAUCUUAUGGGCGACUGUCACCUAUUCAAAUAUCGAAAUAAUCAAAGGAGAAGAGACAACGUUAGGUUUCCAGCGUUCGAUGGUCAUGUUCAAGAAAUGCGAAGCCGACGCCCUUUUAUUGUGAUAAGACUUUUCAUUAAUACUGAGAGAUAUUCGUUUUUAUUUCUUUGUCGCAAUCGUUUUUCGUCAACUUGAUAAGACAUCUCCUCACUCCAAAUGAGUUGAACCCUAUCGGCUUCAUAAAUCACUGUUUAUUACGAAGAGAUAUUCUUAUUAAGGGAUUAUUCUAUUUGAUUUUAUAAUUAUGCUGAUUCAUAAACCGACAUAAUCUUUAGCCGACAAAAUUUCAAAUCUGCGUCAUGAAAUGAACGAAAUUUUUCAGCUGAUUCACCGUUUCUUCAGCGAGCAGACGUUGAUAGCAUCAGACGAACCAAAGUUCUUAUUGAUUGUUGAUGUGUAUUCGCCUUUUGUUGACCCAUGCAGGUUCAUACUUUCAAUGCUUUGCAAGUCAAAUUCCACAAGCCAGUUCCUAAUACGGCCUCGCCGGAGACACAUCAUUCACAGAGCUUCGUGACAAAAUAGUGCGCUCAAAG